UGUGCUGUAUUUAUUUUUGAAUCCAAGUGAUUUUUUUGGACUUUGAAACAGUCCAUGAAUUAAAUUAAAUUCAGCUUUAUUUAUCUUACAAUUGUUCAUAAGUUAUCCUAAAAAUAUGGUUCGAGCUUGGUACAUGAACGAUAAUGACAAUGAAGAUCAGCGUUGUGAACGGCAUUUAUCGCCACCACUUUAUGUUAAUCUGGAUGAAUUGAAAGAGAAAACGGGCGUUCUUUAUUGGCAGAUCAAUGCGGAUAAUUAUGAGAAUGAUGAAACUUAUGCACAAAUUCGCCAAGAAAGAGGCUACGAUUAUCAGGAUAAUCUGGAGAUAAGCAAAGAAAAACUGGCCGAUUACGAGAGUAAAUUGAAAAUAUUUUUCACCGAACAUCUCCAUGCUGAUGAAGAGAUACGGUUCUGUUUAAAUGGCAGUGGUUAUUUUGAUGUUCGUGAUCGUCAGGAUCGAUGGAUUCGAAUCAAAAUAGAAAAGAAUGAUUUACUUGUUUUACCAGCCGGUAUAUAUCACCGAUUUACAUUGGAUCAAAGCGAUUAUAUCAAAGUAAUACGAUUAUUCAUUGGCCAGCCAUGUUGGACAGCCAUCAAUCGACCUGCAGAUGAUCAUCCAGCACGUCAAUCAUGGAUCAAAUUGGUUACCUAGCAGAAAAAUCAAAAAUCAAUGUAUUCACUGACUUGAUUGAUUUUGUUUAUUGUUGUGGAAAAUUGUCAUUUAUUCAAAAGUUCAAUUUCAAACAAAAUGUCUCAAUUAAUCAUUGUUGUGCUUUAAUUAGCUCUAAAUGCAAUAAAUAAACACAUUAUGCCAA